GCGGUGAAUUUGACAUUUGACAGAAACGUAACCUCACUUUUUUCGCAAUGGUUUGGGAGGAAGUCCAAAUCGCUUUAAGCGAAAAAAGACGCGAAUUGGUGUUAACUGGAAGCGGAAUUACCGAGAGAAUAAAAAAAAGUGGCCUUGAUACUAACAUUUUUAAUGUGACAACUUUGAAUUACCUCAAUAUCAGCGAGACAAUUCUAGAAAACCUCCCCGAUGAUGUUGGAAAUUUGAUAAAUUUGCAAACUUUGGUGUUACACACCAAUAAAUUAUCGAAAAUAAACGAAAAUGUAUUCAAAUUAGAUAAGUUAAAGAUGCUGGAUUUAUCGAAUAACGUUAUAUUGGAGAUUUCAGAAGCAAUUUCUAACUUAACUCAUUUAACGACUCUUAAUCUUUCGAUGAAUAAGUUGGAGAAUUUGCCGGAUUUGGCUAAAAACGUUAAAUUAUCGAGUUUAGACGUUUCAAAUAAUAAAUUGAAGUGUUUUAAAAGCGUUUGUUGUAAAGAAUUGGGAUUAUUAUCGGAAUUAAAACUUCAUGGAAAUCAAAUUGAGGUUAUCCCAAAUAAAAUUAAUGGGUUAAUUUCGUUAAAAAACUUAGAUUUGAGUUUAAAUAAAAUAAAAAUCGUCCCUGGGGAAAUCAUUGAUUGCAACAAAAUCAAAGAGAUCCAAUUAAAGAGUAACCCAAUUUCAGAUAGGAGAUUACAGAAAUUAAUUGAUCAAUGCCGCACAAAACAAAUCCUCGAUUAUGUUAAACAACAUUCAGAACGCACUUUAGAGGUUAAUGUUGAAGAAAAAAACGUUGAGGAGGUGAUUGAGGAAGACGACAACAGGAAAAAGUAUAAAAUUGUUAUAAAACAUUUUAAUGAUGGAAUUAAAAUCGUAUCAGAAGAGAAAGUAAAGAAUGUUAGGGGGUAUAUUUUGUGUUGUAUCGUACAUAACGUUGAAUUCACCCCAGAAAGCUUCAAGAAAUUCAUCCAGUUACAAAAUAAAUUGCACCAAGAGAUUUGCGAUCAAAGAAAUAACGCAACAAUUGCAACUCAUGAUUUAACUUUAAUUAAUCAACAAAUAACCAACAACACAUUAAUUUAUUCAUCAUGUCCCUCAAAAGAUUUAAAAAUAAUCCCAUUAAAUCGAAAAUCUUUAAUGACAGGGAAAGAAUUAUUCGAAAAACUCCAAGCAGAAGCUGAAACACUUCGCAAAGAAAAGAAACGAAAUAAUUAUUCGGGGAUUCAUAAAUAUUUGUAUUUAUUAAAAGGAAAACCCGAAUAUCCCUUUUUAAAAGUAAAUGAAACCAUCAUUUCUUUUCCUCCAAUAACUAAUUCAGAAACAACUAAAAUUUCGGUUAAAACCACCGCUAUUUUCUUAGAAGUAACCAGUAAUAAAUCAUUACAAAUGUGUUGCGAUGUUCUUGACGAUUGUAUUAAAGAAUUCGUACAAUUUUUCGAAUUAAACUCGCUUACCAUAGAACAGGUUAAAAUCGUCGAUGUCGAAGGGAACUUGAAAAGUGUUUAUCCAUCGAGGACGGAUUUGAAAUUUUCGGAGAGUUUUAUUGAAGUUGUGAGAGAUUAAUUUUUAUAAAUUAAGAAUAAAGUUUGAUUUUUGUAAAAA